CGUACCGGCCCUCCAGGCACAGCCGAGGCUCUAACGGGCGCGCCGGCCGGCCGGCGACUCCGCGGAGGACCGAGCCGGAAGUGGUCGUUUCCAUGGUAACCCCGAGCGGUUGCUCGGGAGACGACCCCGUUCGGUCUCUGAGCCUCCGCGGGAGCGGCGCUUCUGAGGCAGAUGCAGCCGGGCUUCUCGGACGGUCUCCUGCCAUGAUUCCCGGGAAAUACCGCUCCGUUUCUGGUCGGGCUGCGAGCAACGUGAACUGUGGGCUUCAUCUGGUUAUUCAAACAUCAUCGCUUCCUGAAAAAAACAAAGUUGAAUUCAAGCUAAGUAAAGAAACACCAUCAUUCCCUGGUCGACUCUUACAACAUGACCUUGAAAGAAACUACUCAAGUAGGCAAGGUGAUCAUAUUAACUUGGUGAGCUCAUCAAUGCCAUCCUUCCCCAUUCUCCAGCGUUCUUCUGAGGAGAAAAUUCUGUAUUCAGACAGGUUGACCCUAGAAAGGCAAAAGCUGACUGUAUGUCCUGUCAUCGACGGGGAGGAACACCUUCGCUUGUUGAACUUUCAACACAAUUUUAUAACUCGGAUCCAAAAUAUUUCUAAUCUGCAGAGGCUAAUAUUCUUGGAUUUAUACGAUAACCAGAUUGAAGAAAUUAGUGGGCUUUCUACUCUGAGGUCCCUGCGUGUCCUCCUGCUGGGGAAGAACAGAAUCAAGAAAAUCUCAAACCUGGAGAAUCUAAAAAACUUAGAUGUCUUGGACCUUCAUGGAAAUCAGAUUACCAGAAUUGAAAAUGUCAAUCAUUUGUGUGAUUUGAGAGUUUUAAAUCUUGCCAGGAACCUUUUAAGUCACGUUGAUAAUCUUAAUGGGCUGGAUUCACUGACUGAACUUAACCUGCGGCACAAUCAGAUCACUUUUGUGAGAGAUGUGGAUAAUUUGCCCUGCCUCCAGCGUCUGUUUCUCAGCUUCAACAAUAUAUCAACUUUCGAGAGUGUUUGCUGCCUUGCUGACUCUGCUUCCCUCUCUGACAUCACCUUUGAUGGCAACCCAAUAGCUCAAGAGUCAUGGUACAAACACACUGUCCUUCAGAAUAUGAUGCAGCUGCGCCAGCUGGAUAUGAAGAGGGUCACGGAAGAAGAAAGGCGUAUGGCAUCUGUUGUGGCCAAAAAAGAGGAAGAGAAGAAGCGGGAAAGUCAGAAGCAGUCUUUGCUUAAGGAGAAGAAGAGGUUAACAAUUAACAACGUCGCCCGAAGGUGGGACCUGCAACAACAUCGAAUAAGCAAUAUUGCUGCAGAUCAAGACGGAAGAGACUCGGACUCCCCUUCUCAGGACCCCUGCCAGAACGACGGGAGCACCGUCUCUGCAUUUCAGGAGGAAACAGGGUCUCUGGACUCAGGGCUCACCAGUGCUUUGCAGGGCCUGUCUGUCACGGACACACACCUCGUGGAGGUGGACGGGGACACGCUGUCCCUGUACGGCUCAGGGGCCCUAGAGUGUCUGGAUCGGAACUGGAGCGUGCAGACAGCGGGAAUGGUGACAACGGUGUCCUUCACUUUCAUAGAAUUUGAUGAAAUCGUCCAAGUGCUCCCCAAAUUAAAGAUGAAGUUUCCUAAUUCUCUGCACCUUAAGUUCAAGGAGACAAACCUCGUAAUGCUGCAGCAGUUUAAUGCCCUGGCGCAACUCCGUCGCGUCCACCAGUUGACAGUUGAUCCUCAAGGAAAUCCAGUUGUCAAUUUUAUCCUCUGGAAAUACUAUGUCCUGUUCAGGCUGAGCCAUUUUAGUAUGCAGAAAAUAAAUGGAACAGAGGUGACGCAAAACGACAUGAUCAUGGCUGAAAGGCUCUUUGGAAUCCUAGCACACGUAGCGUCUUCUGAGUUACCGCCGUACCAUCUGAUUUCAGUUCUGGGUGAUGCCAGAAAGGAAAAAAAGAAAUUCUGCAAGAUGUACAUCGAGGACCUUGUGAAGGAAGCCACAGAAAUCAACAUGAAAAAUGAGGCUUUGCAGAAGCUUUGGCCGCAGAUGUUCAUAGAGCUCGUCAGGGACGCGGUCAUAGAAGUCCGCAAUAAGAGUUCCUACAUGAAGCUUUGCCUGCGGCACAUCACUGACCAGAAGUAGAAAUGGCUUUUAGUUGCAGCUGAUUUUAGCAGUUUUAUGUUUCUGAAGGUUGAUAUUAUGUAGGUUAAACAUGUUAAAACAACCACACUGUUCAACAAAGACUAGCAUCAGAGCGUCAUUGCCUCCUGUCCUCGUAGUUAAGGGCCAGGAAGCAGAGGACAGAGACAGGGAGGACUGCUGCCCCACACCCGCUGAGCAGGCCGCCUCGGGAGCUAAGCAGCCCUUAGGGGCGGCCGGCCCUUGCUUGGCUGGCGCCCUGCGAUAGCCCGCGGCACGCAGUGUCUGCUCAUGGCUCAGCAUGAGUUGCUUCCACCUACUUUCAGCUGAUAAUUUUUAGUUAUUUGCCUUUUUAUUUUAUGUCAUGAUCUCAAAGCCAAAAAUGUUUUUUUUAAUGAAUGAAGAAUAAACUUGCUAAUAAAUUAGCUUAAAAGAAAGCGUUUGCCUCCUUAAUCCAGGCAGAAUUGUCGUUUUUAUUGCAUGCUCCUCUUUAGCUGAGAAGGAGCCCUUCGCUUACACAGGGGGAGGCCCUGUUCUAGGCCUGCAUCCUCAGGGCACCGCCGCGGGCCCUGGGGGUCACUGUGGGCAGAAGACAGGAGAGUGAAUCAAAACUGGGGCAGGAAGCAAACGCUUUGUCCUUGGAGACCCGGAGGGAGUGGGCACGCCAGUACUUCUGCUUCUCUGAACGGCGUCUCGUCCUGACACCAGCACCCGGGGCGCGCUCGUCAGGCAGGCGCGGGCGCCUGUGCCUCACAGUUACCAGGGACUCGUGAGUGAAAGGUUCUUGUUCUUCUAACUGCAUUUGAAGAUCGAGCAGGUAAGCAAGCUGUAAGCAGGGGGCUCCUAGUUCAUGCUGGGGAAGAGGGCGUUCGGAGCCUGUGACCAUUGCUAGAGGUGACACAACUUCAGAAACCCCGCCUUACAGGUCAGCAGAUCGGAGCUCCCCGACCUGCUCAGACUUCGCCUGGCAGCUCUGGCAGCAGGACCAGCAGCGAAGAUGAGAACAGAAGUAUCAGGACCACGAAGUCCUGCAGAAAUGCCGGAAGGAAGUGAGGUUGGACCGCAGAGUUGGUGCCCCAGGACAGGAGGAACUGUGUUUGGUGAUGAUCAUCCGUCUCUCCAAGUGGAAACAUGUGGACACCUCUCAUCUGUCUGGCAGAAGGAUCUCUUCUGGCCCCGUCACUUUCGUGGAAUGGAAAUUAGCGAGAGCAGCCUCGAUACCAACAGGUAUGCAUGUGGGGGAAAUGGAAGGACUGGGGAGGUGGGGAGAAUUUCAGACCCUCCCAAGUUGGGAAUCCAGUGAGAACACGGGUAUGAUGACCAGCUGCCCUGAGGCAUUUGCUUCUUCAUUCCCUUCCUGCUUGUGUCCUCAACAACAGUGCAUUUCAACCUAAGAAGUGUCUUUCCCCUUGGAGAUAACCUGCUUCUCUCCAAGAACUUAAGGGAGAUUGUCUGAUGGAGGCGAUGCCUGACGAAGGAACUGGGAAUGGAGCUGGUCUGCAGGUUCUGGGCUGUGUGAUGCUCUCAUUCCUGGAAACCCUCCCCAGCCUCCAUGAAGGUCAGUAUCACACAGACCAUAUUCUCUAAC